CUUCUGCCCCACAUUUUUCCUUGUCUACCUUCUCUCUCAAAACCAAAUUUUCCCAUUUCUAUUUCCUCAAUGUUCUAACAAACUAUUUUCAGUCACCAAUGACGAUAGUUUCGACCCAAAUUUGUUGUUUCAUUCCAUUUCAUAUCUUCAAUGGAUAACGACUUCCCCCAAAUUCUCAAAAAGAUGAAACCAUUAAUCUCUCUAAUUCCAUAUAAUAUUAUUACGAUGUACAAUCCGGUGAUAAUGAGAAAUAUUAUGCUGUUGUACCGCAUACCGCAUAGUGUGCGGCCUAAUUUUUUUUACAUUAGCUUAUACAUAAAUAAGAUAUAUCGACAGUUAUUUUACUUUAAAGUUACUCAUCUAUCACGUUCUCUCUCCUUCCCCCUUUCCGCUUUUCUCGCCAUUCUGAUCUUAUUUCCACCGCGAUGGAUCAGCCAGAGGAUGGUAUUGCGUUGGAUGCAGAGAAAAAUGAGCUGGUUAAGGCAACAACUUACACUGCCGCUGAGGACAAUAUUGUGGGUGAGCUUGUGAAUGAGGCUGUUAAGGCAAAAAAUGUUGCUGAUGAUGUUAUUGUGGAGAAUGCAGUGAAAGAGCAGGUUAAGGCAACAACUGUCACUGACGCAGUUGAUGAUGUUGUGGCGGAGAAAUGGAAAGAGCCAGUUUUGGUUGGUCUUGUUGGUUCUGCGGAAGAUUAUACACCAAGAGCUAACAAACUGCCUUCCCUCAGUUGUGCUACUGUCUACAAAAAUGAAAAAGGGGAAGAACGAGCUAUUUGCUAUGUUUGUAAAGCAUUUGGUGAUCGAACGACCUUGACCUUAUCAUUCUUGAACUCAUAUCCAGAUUCAGUUUGCACCCAACCACUAGCCUCGGCCACACCGCAACAUUUUACAUGAAAUUUUGAC